ACCCGGCCUACUGACUACUCACUAUUCAACCUCCCGCUAUCCAACCGUCUACUCUUCACUCCUCUCUUCAUCUCGCCCUUCCAUAUCAUACUCUCCUCCCCCACCCCCUAUUUAUCUCAUUUGGCUGUUCGUUUUUCGCCUGGAUCUUUCGCUCUCUUUCUCAUUCAUAUCUCCCAUCAUCCUACCCCCCUUUAUUUGCCCGUUCACCGGUGGUUUCAUUUCUCAUCUGUCAUCAUGGCUUCCAGAGCCGCAGCAGGCGCCCGUCCCGGUGCGAGGUUCGCUCAGUUCAAGCUGGUCCUGCUCGGAGAAUCUGCGGUCGGAAAGAGUUCGCUCGUGUUGAGAUUCGUCAAAGAUCAAUUCGACGAUUACCGAGAAUCCACCAUUGGCGCCGCCUUCCUUACACAGACCAUCUCGCUGGACGAAAGCACGACAGUCAAGUUUGAAAUCUGGGAUACCGCCGGUCAGGAACGUUACAAGUCGCUGGCUCCCAUGUACUAUCGAAAUGCGAACUGCGCCGUCGUCGUCUACGACAUCACACAAGCGUCAUCGUUGGACAAGGCCAAGUCGUGGGUGAAGGAACUCCAGCGUCAAGCGAACGAGAACAUUGUCAUCGCUCUGGCGGGCAACAAGUUGGAUCUCGCCACGGAGCAGCCGGACAAGCGUGCGAUCCCGACGGCCGAUGCCGAGGCCUAUGCCCGCGAGGCCGGCCUGCUCUUCUUUGAGACCUCCGCCAAGACCUCGUCGAAUGUACGGGAGCUGUUCACCGCGAUUGCAAAGAAACUGCCGCUCGACCAAGCGGGCCCGAGAAACCUGCGCACGAACCCGCGGCCCGGCGUCGACCUGCGGCCGGAGGCUCCCGGCACCCAGGGGGCGGGAGCUUGCCAAUGUUAAGCUGUUCUGUUGGGUGGUGGGAAAUUGUUGAUGUCCGACUCCGCGUUCGUUUCCAUGUUUUCUAGAUGCGACGGGUGCAGGUUUCCUGACGGGUAGAAGUGGACAGACCAUGACUGCCGUGCGCAGUAUACUCCUGGGCAGUGUUCUCAUUGACGGCGUUUGCUAUGGACAAUGGGAUCCCCUUCUGAUGGACGGGUUCUGGUUUGAUCCACCUUAAUGUGGGGUCUUUACUGUGGAAGACAGUCUACGGACUGCCAUCAUCUUUGUCCGGUGGAUCUGCGCUCUAGAUAUUAUGCAGCAGGACUGUGCCUGCGAUCUGUUUCUUUUAUCUCUGUGUGCCCCCUCUAUCUGCCUCUGUUUCUUCCGGCGUCUAUUUCUGUUGGGCUGAAUGCAUGUCACUUUUUUUUUCCCUUUUCUUUUCUUUUCUUUUCUUUUUCUGUUUUCUUUUCCCCUUCGCUAUCUGGUCUUCUCGACGACUGUCGUACGCUAUCA